ACCACACAGUGGUUUUUAACCUAUUUUACUGUAUUUAUACAUAUAUAUAGGAUGCAUUUCGUAUCGUUAUUUUUAAGCAAUUAACCUUCUCUCCUCCUCAAUAAGUAUGAUAAAGAAAAAGAGAGGUUAACAUGUAACUAAGCAUCAUAAAAAAAAAGUGUUUUUCAAACCGCAAAAAGUGAAUUGAAAGUUGUACAAUUUAAAGGAAAGCAUGUGUGAAUGUGAAAGAGUGGAACUACGCUCCGACACAACCGGAUACCUGUAAAAGAUAAAACAAAAAAAAUCCAGGGGAGCAAGAUUUUACUCGCUCUCUCCAACUCUGCUUCUGAGGUGUGUGCGUGUGCCUUGGAGCGGACUAGUGCAUUCACCGACGUCGUUAUUAAUAACCGGCGUUGGUAAUGCGCAGUGGUUGGUUCUCCUACGCCUAGCGCUCGACUUGUGUCCUGUCGCUCGAGUGCCAACGGGAUGGGAACAAUCAACUCAAUAACGAGUGCCGCGACGGACAGUGCGUCUCGAUUCGAUCUUGUGUUCCGAUGAUUGAGUGCUCGUGAAGAGCGCGAUAGCGCCAGACAGAUGACAGAUAACCGUCGUGCCGUUGCCAUCGUCUUUCGUGGCGUAAUGUGACACAUCACAAAUUAGAGUACUAUCUGCUUUAGUGAAAAUGGCAGCUAUUUGGUCAGGACGACUUGGUUGGUUGGGAAAGAUUGUGAUAGCAUUGCUGGCCACAUGGCUGAUAGCACUAAUUGUAUCCAUUUCCCACAUAUUUAAGUCAAACAUCUCAUCCAGCCAAGAUGCUAAUACUGCCAACAAAGUAAACACACAACGCCUAGCCAAGAUGGUCAAUGAUUUCGAGAUUCUAAAGAAGCAGAAUGAUGCUCUGAAGACCUUCAUAUUGGGAGAAGGCUCGAAAGCUAUGCAGGGCGAUCACCUGGGGUCCAUACAGGACAGACUGGAGAAAGCAUCAGCUUACUAUGACCUAGCGGAGCAGGUAGAUAGACCAAAACAUGGAGUACCUUCUUUAGAAUACGAAGAAUUGCAACGACGAGUGAGAAAUGAUAUUCAGGAGAUGUGGUAUUACAUAGCAGCCGAACUGAAUAAAUUUAAGAAGAACAUUGACGAUUUCACGCACGAUCAAAAGGAAAAAGAGAAGGAGAUACAGGAUGUAUUGAAAAACGUAUGGGAACAUAAAAAAUCACUCAUAAUGAGUGUCGACAGGAUGACGAAAGCAGACGGUUAUAAUGAAUGGCGAGAGAAAGAGGCAAAAGACUUGUCUGAUCUUGUUCAGAGAAGAUUUAGAUAUCUGCAAAACCCCGCCGAUUGUAACAAAGCGAGAAAGCUGGUGUGUAGUUUAAACAAAGGAUGUGGAUUUGGCUGUCAGCUUCAUCACAUCACAUACUGUUUCAUGGUAGCUUACGGUACAGAGAGGACAUUAAUAAUAAAAUCAAAAGGUUGGAGAUACCACAAAGAUGGUUGGGAAUCCGUGUUCAAGCCGCUCAGCGACACUUGCGUAUCUACAAGCGGCAUUUCGCAUUCCAAUUGGCCUGGUGACCCUACCAAGCAAGUGAUAUCCUUGCCGAUUGUAGACAACGUCUAUCCUAAACCAAAGUACCAGGCGCCUAGUGUACCCGCGGAUCUAGCAACAAGAUUAGAGAAAAUUCACGGUCACCCACUCGUCUGGUGGGUGGGACAAGUAUUGAAAUAUCUGAUGCGACCUCAGGAUCACGUGAAGAAGACGCUGGAUGAAGCAAAGGAGAGACUCGGCUUCAAGAAGCCCAUCGUCGGUAUACACGUACGCAGAACUGAUAAGGUGGGCACCGAAGCAGCUUAUCAUGACAUAGACGAAUACAUGACCAAGGUGGAUCAAUAUUUCGAUGAGCUCGAGACCAAGCCAGAUGUGAGGAGAGUCUUCUUAGCUAGUGACGACCCAAAGGUGAUCACGACGGCCAGGAAGAAUUAUCCAAAUUAUGAGAUAAUAGGCGAUCCGGAGAUCGCCGAGACCGCAUCCGUAGCGAAGCGAUAUUCCGAUACUUCGCUGCAGGGAAUAAUUAUGGAUAUCCAUCUGCUGUCAGAGUGCGAUUAUCUGGUAUGCACGUUCAGUUCGCAGGUGUGUCGCGUCGCAUACGAACUGAUGCAGACUUUUUACACGGACGCGUACAACAAAUUCACGUCUCUCGAUGACAUAUAUUACUAUGGCGGACAGAAUCCACAUCCACAUGUGGCCAUCAUGGAUCACAAGCCGCGGAAGAACGGCGAGCUUGAGCUGAAGAUCGGCGAUUUAAUCGACGUAUACGGUAAUCAUUGGGACGGUUUUUCGAAAGGGUACAACAGCAGAACCAGCAUGACAGGACUGUUUCCUAGUUUUAAGGUGAAAAAUCGCAUAGCCGCCGUAGACUUCCCCAAGUAUCCGAGUGUCCCGCUCUUGGAGAAUAAAACUGAUUAGAAGCGAGGUCAGGUUAUAUGUAAAUCUGUUAUGGAUCGUGUUCUUGGGACAUCAAU